UAAAAUUGUAUUCCAUAUAAAUCAAUUGUUUUAAUUAGCGGGAGGCAUUCUGCGGAUUAGUUUCUGUUUAGAACAGUUUACAAGUGCAAAGUGUAAAUCAGUGUUGGUUUUUUUGUGAAAAGUUUUGAAAGUUAUGGUAAUAUUUACCAUAAACACUCAACGGCCAUGUUUCAGUGUUGUGGAUUUCAAUUGCUAUCUGGCCCCGCAAGCGAUAGUACGUAGUUGCUUAAGUUCGCUUACAUUUUUAAAUAAAUCAAGUGGAAUUAUUGAAAAUGGCUCCAACAUUGUACAUGUCUGAAAUCAGCCCAUCUUGCAGAGCUGUUUUGAUGACGGCUAGAAUACUGGGAUUAACGUUGAAAGUGAAGAAAAUUGAUCUUUCGAAAAAUGAGCAAUUUACUCCUCAUUUCCUUAAGCAGAUCAAUCCCCAACAUACCAUUCCAACACUUAUUGAUAAUGGCUACGCAAUUUGGGACAGUCAUGCCAUCAUUGCGUUUUUGAUCGGAAAGUAUGGAGUUGAUGAUGAACUUUAUAGUAGCGAUAUAAUGGAACGUGCCCUAAUUGAUCAACGACUCCAUUUCGAUUCCUCGGUCGUUAAUAAUUUUACCAGAACGAUCUUGAAUCCGAUGCUUUAUGAAAACGUUUUUAUCGAUGUUGACGAUUAUAAGGAUUCCAUCUACAAAACGUACUCAAUAAUGGAGAAAUUUCUGAGAAGUUAUCCAUGGAUAGCAGGAAAAAAGCUGACGGUAGCUGAUUUGAGUCUGAUUCCUUCUAUUACAUCUCUGGACGUAAUAGUGCCUAUAAAAAGAGAGGAUUAUCCCAACCUUAAAAACUGGAUGGAAAGGGCCGAACAUUUACCAUGUUAUAUUGAAAACGAAAAUGGUUUGAACCUACUGAGAGAUAUGUUGCAGAAGAAGUGUUGUUGUCCCUGCUAAGGGCAGGGUAAUAAUGAUACAUGUUGUGUUUUUGUGUUAAUUUUUUUAGUUUAACUGUUAUUAAGAGGUUGUCUUUGUAACCUCCAAUUGUUUUAUCUUUUAUCAGCGUUAAUCAAGCAUUGAAAUCCGGCAUUUAAAAUGCCAAUGUCCUCAAAAUUAUUAGUUGUACUAGUUAAUCAAUACUUUGACAAUAUUUUUCAAUAUGAGUUAAAAAAUUUAAUCAAAAACCCUUUUCAAAUAUUAGUUGGAGCAGUUUUGAAACGUCUCGUUAUUUAUACAGGCUGUUUCAAAUUCAGUCAGAUUAAUUCGUUUCUUUCAACUUUCUCCUUAGUGAAUUCAGAGCCCAAGAGCGUGUUUUGAUGUGACAUGGAAAAUAAAUUGAGCAGUGCGUUUCGUUCUGAAAUAUCUCCAAAUCGUGAUGUUCGAAUGUACUUUCUGUUUGCCCCAUCGGAGCUUUGGUGAUAAUAAAUUACGAUUAAUGCUCUGAAUUUGGAACAGCAUGUAUUCUCCAUAUCUAAUUAGUUCUUAUUUAGUGGUAAGGCAUAGUAGGUAUAAACUUAGAAUUAUUUAGCUGAAAAUAAAGCUCAUGCUAUUAGAUAAUAAAUAUUUUAUAAACAU